AGCAGAGACGGUGAGGCGCAUGUGUCCCAGUGGCUUGACUUUCACAGCUGAGGCAAGAUGUCGGCGACGGCGGCUGCCUUCGUCUGCUUUGCUGUGGUGGCGGUGGUGGCAGGAACCACUGAUGUCCUCCCUGCCCUUACCCGAGUUCCGGCCAACACAGUCACUAGUGCUAAUACAACCAACACUCCAGGCAUCACCCAAGACUCCACCACACACUCGCCCUCACCACCAGACUCCCAGCCACCACCAAAUGCUAAAAAGAGGACUGGGGCAGGCGCGUCCCCACAGCUCACAGACGAAGGUGCAGUCGACAUCCCGCCUCGCCGCCACUCGCCUUCAGGGGGGGACGUCGGGAACACGGAACUUUUAGCUGCUAGUGCGAGGAUCGAGGACACCAACAACAAGCUGGAGAAGGAUAAUGUUAUUAGUGACGUGGUGUACGAAGAGCUGCCGGUGCCCAUGGCUCUGAAGGGAACAGAUACCAGCGGUUACAUGCGGAGCGACGGUACUUACAUAGUAAACGAUGACGACGGCGUGAGCUGCGUGAUGUUCUACUUCAAGGCAAACGUCAACAUCUACUACCCUGACACGAAGGGCGACUACCUGAACACGAAGGUCUACACCCCAGACAACGCGGAUGUUAGUGGCACAUGCGACAGGGUUGGGAAGAUGUCCGAGAUCAGCAUCUCCUGGGGUGCUUUCAUCCUCUCCCUCGCCUUCGGGCAGGAUGACAUCACCGACACGUGGUUCGUCUCUAGAUUCAACCUCACAUACAACCUGAACGACGCCAAGUUCCCUAACGCUGCCCAGGGUAUCGGGCAGGUGUCGGCAGUGAGCAAGCCUGGACGAAAGUGGUGGCAGACGAGCAACGCGCGUUCCUUCCGCUGCCUAGUGGUGCACGACGUGAGGCUGACGGACGCCACCAACCACACUGCUAUCCUGCACUUCGAUGAGGUGCGCGUGCAGGCCUUCAACAACGAGGCAAUCUUCAGGACGCCCAAGCAUUGCAAGCACCGCGUUCACCGGGACGAGAUGGUGCCGGUGACUGUGGGCGGAGUGCUGGCAGGCUCCACGCUGCUCACCAUCCUCGUGUACGGCAUCUUCAGGUACUUCAAGAUCAAGAAGGUUCAGUAUGACAUCAUGGAGUGACGUGUCCCCGCCCCGCCCUCCCAUCCUCGACCCCCGACUCACCCAAUCGACCCAUCCUCAGCCCCAUGCACGGUAUUUGAUCCUUCGUAACCACCUUCUGCUAUCCUCCCUACCACUCAGAGGCUCCUGGGUGACAAGCGGCGCCAUCACCAGCCUCCAGUGACUAGCGGCAGGUUCAGCCAUACGCCACCAGAUGUUUGACAAUGUUUCUUUUUUUUUUUUUUUUUUUUUUUGUGUGUGUCACACGUAAAGCAGCUACUCCAGAUAUGCUUAGUGUGGGUUAGUUUGGUUUAGAUAAGGUAGGUUUUUUUGUCUCUCUCUCUCUCUCUCUCUCUCUCUCUCUCUCUCUCUCUCUCUCUCUCUCUCUCUCUCUCUCUCUCUCUCUCUCU